UCCACCCAAAUGGAUUAGUCACUUAUUUAAUUAAACAAAAAAAAAAACUUAAAUCUGAGAGAUAGAGAGAGAGGUCCGUUUCUGCCAGCGGGAGAGAAUUCAGGGAUUUUGAAUACUUUGUAAUAAGUGUUUUGCAUAUGGAAGGAGCUAUUGCUCAGAGGGUUCAGUACCCAACAUGGGUUGAUUGCAGAAAGUUUGAGGGGAAGCCGCUUGGAUCAUUGCGGUAUUCUCAGCGAGUUAAGGAAGAGAAAAGGUUCAGAGGUCUUGUUGCUUUGGCUCAUUUGCAACCUGACAGAAGAUAUGAUCAACGGAGAUCGGUUUCUUCAGAGGUUUCAUGUUCUGACAACAACUCUUCAGUAUUGUUGGAGGCGGGAAGAGUUCAUCCAUUUGAUAAAGAUCUAAUCCUUAAGAGAAAAGCAGAAGAGGUUAUACCGUAUUUGAAUGGACGGUCUAUGUACCUUGUUGGGAUGAUGGGUUCUGGGAAAACAACCGUUGGGAAGUUAAUGUCUAAAGUGCUCGGUUAUUCCUUCUUUGACUGUGACACUCUGAUUGAGCAGGCGAUGAAUGGAGCUUCUGUGGCAGAGAUAUUCGAGCAUCAUGGAGAGAGUUUCUUUAGAGGAAAGGAGACUGAUGCACUAAAGAAGCUCUCUUCAAUGUAUCACGUUGUUGUUUCAACUGGUGGAGGUGCAGUUAUAAGACCUAUUAACUGGAAAUAUAUGAACAAAGGAGUCAGCAUUUGGCUAGAUGUGCCUCUUGAAGCCUUAGCACAUAGAAUCGCUGCUGUUGGAACUGAUUCGCGGCCACUGUUACACGAUGAAUCAGGAGAUGCAUACACUGUGGCUUUCAAGCGUCUUUCAACGAUUUGGGAUGAGCGCGGUGAAGCAUACACAAACGCAAAUGCUAGAGUCUCCUUAGAAAAUAUUGCAGUCAAGCUUGGAUACAAAGACGUCUCAGAUCUCACACCAACUGAAAUCGCCAUUGAGGCCUUUGAGCAAGUUCAGAGCUUUCUAGAAAAAGAAGAAACAGUGGAGAUCCCCGACGGCGACCUCUAGUAUCCCAGUCCCCAGUUCUCUCUUCAUUUAUCUGUAGUCCAGUCAAAAAAGCAAUCACUCAUGGCCAGGCCAUUGAGCAAGUUGAGAGAUUUGCAUACAAAGAUGACCUGUUUAGUUACUAGUUUUUUGGGCUUUUGAAGCUUACACGAGUUUGAUUUUGAAUGUGGAAACCCACAAAUAAUGCUUUAUUCAAUGCUGCAAUACAUGUAUAUAAAACUCCACAAUGCUCUUUUUCAGUAUAUGCUAUCUAUAAAAGUUUUUUUAA